UAGCUACUAGUGGUACUGAUAAUUGGCUCCAGACUCCCUGUGCAUUCACUACCGCAUACUGUGAGAGUGAGUACGAUCGUACGAGUGGGCAACGGUUCAUCGAUCGCUAGUACCGGUAGCUGUAAAGCAUUAUUUUGCACAGUGCUGAACUUCACUUCUGCAGCAUCGCGCGAUUAUACAGAGAACGGCACUGUCAGCAGACAGCGUGCAGUGACUACGAGUUGUCAUUCAGUUGAGCGUAGAAGGAAGUGUUUGUGUAAACUAGUGUCACUCAUGCAAGUAACUAACACAUCAUGUUUGCUUCAAAGUUGCCCGGCAGUCUGAGGACUGUGCGGAGUAACUUUCUUCAGCAUGGUUAUGGUAUGAGCACACUGGCCCGGUCUAGACGACUUGUAGCUAACACGUUUAAAGCCACGCCGCUUUGCACCCCUCAACCCGUGAGAUGCCACUCAGAUAGGUCUCUGCGUCAGGAUACCACUGUACGGGAUGCCAAUUUGGCUAUUGAUGGUCUCUGCACUGCCAUGGUUACUGCACAAAUGUUUCAACCUAGCCACCUGACUUCACAAGUUUCUCUGAUUCAACGUCAUCUUAAGGACAUAACUAGUGUACCGAAGCUCAUGACCAUCCUCCAGGCUUGUGCUAGGGUUACCAUGGUUACCGAGGAGGACAGCGCAGUGACUAAUCUAGUCGUAGCUGUACUGGAUCACGCAGCUAGUUUACCUACAGAUCUAUGGCGGGAUAGCAAGAAUCAAGUUAUACUAAGGUGGAUACUGUACUGGGCAUCAAAAUGUCGAUGUACGACGCCUGAGUUCAGGAAGCUGCUACAGAAUCAGUUUGAUGUUCAAUCCAUUAGUGAAUGUAGAGAUAUUGACAGUUGUGUUUAUGCACUGUUUUCGUUGAACAUUGCUGAUCCUACGCUAGCUGUGGACUUGAUGAGUCGCUAUUCAGCCAUAGAGAGUACAGGUGAUCCCAAGCAUCGUCAUGCUGAAGUGUUCAGACUACUUCUCUACUGUACACUGUGUGGUGUAGAGUGCAGUGCCUUGCUGAAGCUGAUCAGUGUUGAUCAACUCAUACAGAAGUGCGGUGCCCAUCAUCUUCAGCGGCUUGUUUUGCUCGACACACUACUAGUUACUAACAAGCAACGGCGAGAAAUCAUGAACCAGUGCUCAGAGUGGUUCAGAAAAAAAGGUUUGAGUCCAAACACGGGUCGAAUGUAUGAUAUGCUGUCAUGCUUCAUUGGUCCAGAACACACCACUGGCGUCUCUCUGGUUGAUGGUGUGGCCGUUCACGCAUUGUGCAUUGUCAACCGAGAUAGUAAGCCAGUGGAGACUUCCAAGUAUCCGGGCGAUGUUUUCAAUGGUCUAUCAGUAGAUAUGACUGCAGCUGCACGUCAUGGUUUCAGUGUUGUGGCCUGCCUGGGUGUUAGAGAUACACGACUCCUGCAUCAUCCAGCUAUGUCACCCAAUGGAUAUUGCACACUUCUCGCUUCAGCUUUGAAGUCGCAAGGAUGCUUCAUCAUCCCAGUAAUACUCGAGCAUGGAGCUGAACGUACACAGAAUAGCGGCAAGGUCGUCAACGAUCUGAUGAUCAAUUAUCCUAGUCACAUCAAGGUCUUCAGAGAUCUUCUGGCUCCCAAUCAGUCUAUGCAUUGAUGCCGUUCUGGCAAGUCUGGUACUGCACAUAAAUGCAUCAAUGUUGACUUUGAAGGUCUAACAGAACCUACCUGAAGUGGAUGCAGUGAAGGAAAAGCACAACACGGCGCACACCGUCAAAGUUGCCUUCUGCUCUGAGCGGACAAGGACCUCAUCAGCCAACUGGAAGCUGAAUGCUAUGCGAAGUGGACAUGUAACCAUGAUGACAUGUGCUGACUGUUUGAUGUUGCACCCCUGUAUCCUCCUGUCUCCACAGACUGCGGUCGUGGUCACACUAUGCACAGCGAUGUCGAACGAACCAGUGAUUGGACCAAGGAACAAUUGUUACUUUCCCAGAUUGGCCCGGUACAGCUGAAAUCCAAGCUGUCUUGGCAUUCGUUUUAGCUGAUAGCGGCCCGAGUCAUCAUUGGUUCCUUCACUUUGAACAGAGAUUUCCUUUUCUUGCUUGGGUCCUGGUCAACUAACCCCUGUGUGGCAGGAACAUUUGGUGUUUGUCUGCACAUGACUGACUUGAGGAAACAAACGUGUGAAUGUAGGUGCUUGCUGUUAAAUCGUACAUGUGCAGCUCGGUAGCCGCAAGCGAGUCGAACCUGUGCUUCAUUGUCUGUGUUUCAUUGUCUGUGCUUCAUUGUCUGUGGUUCUGUCUCUCUCUGUCUCUCUGUCUCUCUCUCUUUCUCUCCGAGGCUCUCUCUCUCCACCAUACAAUGUUAUGAAUAUGUUGGAUCAUUAAACUGGGUGUCGACGGCAUUAUACCAGUAAUCAUUUCACAUACCGUGACAUGGCUGCAUCUGCUAUUCUACUCUUCAUACUUCUUAUCUGAUUAUCUUUGAGGCCGCGUUUACGCCUUUACCUCAGCAGUCCAUUGUACAACACCGAUAUGAAUACACAGUAGACCGAGUGGAAGUAGCUCACGGCGCACACAUUUUUCUCGGCACAACCGUAGUCAGGGGCGUCGGAAGGUAUUUUAGUGUGGAUACAGUCAGCCAUCUGAAGUACAAUUUACUCGUGGGGGAGGCUUGGGCUGCCUGAGCUGAACAUUUUGGAAAUUUAGAACCCAGAUCAGUGUAUUUCAUUGAUUCACGGGGUACCUGGGGCAAAAAGUGGUACGGUCAAUACUGUAGUGACCGUACCGUUUCAGACGCCCCUGGACUAUUAGCAACAUGUCUCCCUUUCAUCUUACAUGUACAUAAGGGAGUAGUCAAGUAUGCUAUGCAUCUGACCGCUUAGGAAUCAGUGACAUUUAUACCUUGGAGUUUUAACAUCACACCCUUGUUUUUCUUUUGGGUUGCAUAUUUUUUCCUUUUCUGGUUUUCUGGGUUUGCAUUU